AUGGGCGUUGUCAACCUGGCUUGGUCGAUAAAAGAGAUUGCAUUUCCGACAGAUAAGAGGGAGACGGGCAUUCGCGCACUGUUCUCGCCGAGUAGACUGCCAAUGCAAUCAGCAAGGGCACCAGGCGCCGGCAAGAUUCCUGCCCCCGUUUUCUAA